CAUUAAUGUAUUAAAUUAAAUAUUUUGGAUCAUUUUAUAUUGCCGUCCCUCUCUGUAUAAGGGUUGACUCUAAACAAGCAACCAAACGCAGAUUCCUUCUCUCUAUACUCAUAUUCCUCUCUCUCUCUCUCUCUCUCUCUCAAAAGUUUCAAAUAUUUGCGUCUGAAUCACACUGCGUCCACCAAAUCCGCCAUGCCCAUAUCUUGAAAUCCGAUUCUCUCCACCGGAAAUCUCUCGAUAGUCUAAAAGCAAACUUUAUCCCAAUCUUUCUUUUCCUCCGAUCUUAGGUCUAAGCCACUGUAUGGUGGUGAAAAUGAAACAGAUCAUGCGGUGGCCCCCGUGGCCUCCGCUCUUCGCCGUCAAAUUCGACGUGGUCGUCGUCGUCCACAAAAUCGAGGGGUUGAAUUACGAUACCGACGGCGAUAAUAUUACCGUUGGUGAUCAGAGUCACCGAGGCACAACGAGGAAGAGACCGGUCGUUGAGAUCAAAUGGAAAGGACCCAAAACAGUUACUCUCAAACGCUCCGUCGCACGGAAUUUCACCGAAGAAGGUGGAUUUCGCGGCGACGGCGUCGUCGAGUGGAACGAAGAGUUUAAGAGGGUUUGCGAAUUCUCUGUUUACAAGGAAGGAGAGUUCCUUCCAUGGCUCGUUUCUUUCACCGUCUUCAAUGGACUGACUCAAGGAUCGAAGGAGAAAGUUCGUAGCUUUGGAAACGCAUCAUUGAACAUUGCAGAAUUCUUUUCAUUGAUGAAAGAGGAUGAUGUUCAAGUCAAAGUGCCUCUAAAGAUCUGUGGCUCUUCAUCAUCAUCAUCAUCUUCUACGCGGAGUCCAUGCCUUCAUAUAUCCCUUCAGUUUUCCCCUAAAGAAUCAUUGCCUGAAAGACAGAGAUCUGCUCUCCCUGUUCUAUGGUCUCCUCUUUCCGCAGAGGCCGAGAAAGCCGAGUCUGUUGUAAAAGUAGGCCUGAGAAAGAUGAAAACUUUCAACCAUUGCAUGUCAAGCCCCCAGGCAUCGGAGAGCGAGAGUAGUAAAAACGAUGGAAGCAGCGGAAGCGGAAGUGAAAGCAAAAGCCCUGAGAGAAAUCUUGAUUCCGAGUCUACUUAUCCUUCUGAUACAGAUUCUGUGGACGAGGGCAAUGCUGCGGAUGAAUCAGAAGAGAGCAAGGAGAAUGCAAGCGGUGUCGCUGAUCCGGUUAAUUACAAAACACUCCGACAUGCAAAUUGGGCCAGAGGCUCAUUUCAUGCUGAUACAAACCCCGAGGACGAGGAUCUGAUAUAUUACAGCCACCGCAGGCCAUUAGCUGAACAUUGCGGUGAUGUGGUUUCGAAUGAUACCGUAGGAUCAGAGCAGGCGAGUGGACAACUGGCUAAGAAGAGGAUGUUAUCUUGGAAGAAGAGAAAGCUCAGUUUUAGAUCUGCUAAACAGAAAGGCGAACCUCUUCUUAAAAAGGACUGCCUCGAAGAAGGAGGUGAUGAUAUCGAUUUUGACCGUAGGCAACUGAGUUCAUCCGAUGAGGCUGCCUCUGAUUGGUAUAGGUCUGAUGAUUCAAACAUGAAACCAUUAUCCGAGUUUGAUGACGAUGACUUUGUUGUUGGUAGCUGGGAAACCAGAGAGAUCAUAAGCCGUGAUGGGCUGAUGAAACUCACGGCUCAAGUGUUUCUCGCAUCAAUCGAUCAAAGAAGCGAGAGAGCUGCUGGAGAAAGCGCCUGCACAGCCUUAGUUGCAGUGAUGGCGCAUUGGUUAGGAUCCAACAGAGACAUUAUCCCAACGAGGUCAGAGUUUGACAGUCUUAUCAGAGAAGGUUCGUCUGAGUGGAGAAACCUGUGCGAGAACGAGGAAUACCGGGAACGGUUUCCAGACAAACAUUUCGAUCUCGAGACGGUUCUCCAGGCGAAAAUCAGACCCAUCUGUGUAAUACCCGAGAAAUCAUUCAUCGGCUUUUUCAAUCCAGAGAUAUCAGAGGAAGAAGAAGGAAAAGAAGACUCGAGUCUUGAUUUUCUCAAAGGUGUGAUGUCCUUUGACAGUAUCUGGGAAGAGAUCAUGAAACAAGAACCACAAGAGUCGGGAAGCGAGCCCGUGAUCUACAUUGUGAGCUGGAAUGAUCAUUUCUUCGUCCUCCUUGUGGACCACGAUGCUUAUUACAUCAUUGACACGCUUGGAGAGAGGCUCUAUGAGGGUUGCAACCAAGCUUAUGUCUUGAAAUUUGACAAAGAUGCAGAGAUUCAGAGGUUACAACCGGUCAAGGACAACAAUGCCGAGAAAGGAAACAAGUCAGAGCAACCGGAGAGAUCAGAGGAAGAAGAAGAAGAAGAAGAAGUGGUGUGUAGAGGGAAAGAGUCAUGUAGAGAGUAUAUAAAGAGCUUUCUCGCUGCGAUUCCAAUACAACAAGUUAAAGCUGAUAUGAAGAAAGGAUUGGUUUCCUCUUUGCAUCACCGUCUUCAAAUCGAGCUUCACUACACCAGGCACCUUCAGCAUCACCAGCAACCACAUCUGCUGCUGGAAUCCUCUGCAAGUGAAGCAACUGUGUCAGAAGCUGCUGUGUCUGUGAGUGUGGCUUGGUCACUGGCUAGCCAAUUCAGCAAUAGUGGUGGGUUUGGUUGCGAAAUGGCUGAGCUUCUGGGAGUUGAAGUUUGAGACAAGUGUAUAGAGCAAAGGAGUCUCCUUUUGUGUGAAUUUUUUGGUGUUUAUAACUUUGAUAACCCCUGCUUUUUCUUUUCUGGCUAAAUGUCUAGUUGGUGUUCAUAAUGUCUCGAGUCAAAGAGAAAGACUUUUCUUCCUCUCCUACAAUAAUGUAUUGAGGAAAUUUACCAGACUUGCUUAUUCAAUAAAAUCAGUUAUUAAUCUCUUUAUAAAUCGUUAUUGGAUCUCA